AUGUCCUUUCGGAGAUUGCUCAGCGCGGCCCGAUCCGCCCGCGACGCUAUCACCCGCGCCGCUCCCAUGGCUGACGGCCUCAUCAAGUCCUUAGUAUCCGUCAUCGUGAUAUGCUGUAUCGCGGUCUCCUCCCCUCAAAGUGCAUCCGCGAAGCCCUUCGCGCUCACUUUCCCAGCGAGCUGGUCGCUGGCUGGGCUGGUGGGCAGCGUGGGUGCUAGGGCUGAGGAUGCGAGGCGGGAACCGGCAGGGGUGAAGCCGUACACCGGGCGACGUGUGGGGAACGACACGCUGCGGAUGAUCUACUACCACGACCAGACCGUGGCGGUGGUGGAGCUCGGCGAGGACAAGCUACUGCUCAACUGUGAGCUCAUCGAGACACAUGAUGAGGACGACACGAGGCGACUCCUCCAUCAGCUGAGCCGCAUCAACCGACCGCUGGGCAUCACCUUUCUGCAGAUGACCAAGCUCAUGGGCCAGUGCCAGCAGGUGGAGGGCGUGGAGGCUAAAGACGAGUACAGACGCGAGGGCUGGCGGGAGCGCGGCGCGGACGCGGCGGACGAGCGGCUGAGGGCGGGCGGCGCGCACGCGGGCCUGCUGGGCGGCAGUCCACUCUCGCUGCUGCAGGGGAUCAUACCAGGUACGAAGUGGUGCGGCACGGGCGACAUCGCGGCGGACUACCACGACCUGGGCGCCGACCGCGCGCUGGACCGCUGCUGCCGCACGCACGACCUCUGCCCCAGCAAGGUGCGCGCCUUCUCGCGCCGCUACAACCUCACCAACAACUCGCUCUACAGCAAGUCGCACUGCACCUGCGACGACAUGCUCUUCGACUGCCUCAAGGCGACGAACACCUCCGCGGCCCAGCUCAUGGGCCACAUAUACUUCAACAUCGUCCAGGUCCCCUGCCUCGAGGACCUCUCCACGGGGAGACACUUCAGGGAAGCGAGGCUAGGGUUCUAGUGACAUCUAGCGACGAGUAGUUUAAAUUGUGAGUCAGCGCCAUCUAUUAGUCAUAUUAGUCUGCACGGAUCUAUACGCUGUAUAUUAUUGCAUUUACUUGAGUUUGUGUAUGUCAUGAUAAAAGUGUAAAUAAUGUAAAGUUUAUUAACGUAAUUAAUGGUUAAAAUACACGUUAAACCUGUGAUAUGUCUGUGCCUUGUAUUAUUCUUUAAAGUAAAUUUAGAAGAUGGCGCUGGGACGUUCACAUACGAAGAGACAAAGAUUAUUUUGUAAUAGUUUAAACUAAUUAUUUAUUUGUCCUAUUUAAGAUUAUGGUGGUACUGUUAAAAUAUUGUUUUCGAUAGUUAUCGUUAAAAUUACAAUUGAAAUACGAUUAAUUGAUAAAUCGCUAUUAAUUCAAAUAUAAGUUUUACCAAAUA